CAGACCGCCCUCUUCAACUUCCAGUCCCUCCUCCUCGUCAUCCUGCUCCUCAUCUGCACCAGCACGUACAUACACUCCGUGUGGCCGAGCAUCCUGGACCGGAACAAGGACAGCGUCCUGGGCAUAUUCUGGAAGUUUGCGCGCGUAGGCGAGAGGCUGAGCCCGUACGUGAGCUUGUGCUGCGUCCUGAUGGCG